AUGUCUAUUCGGCAGCAACAGCGUCUCCAGCGGCGACCUGCAAGUAUAAUCAAAUUGUUGACGAUGUCAUUCAAUAGUAGUUUCCCCAGAAAGAUGAAACGAUUCAUGAAGAAUUCAUCAGAUAUGCUCGAGUACAUUGCGCACAUCCACGCUCCGUUCUCAUAUAAUUAUCGCUUAUGUAUUCAUCUAGACUCAUUCACUAUUUCUCGUCAGUUUUACCUCGUCGACUUUGCUUUUCUUGGAAGAUGGAGCAUCCUCGUCCUCGACGACAGCUUCCUCGUUGGCGCUUGA